UGUCACCAGUCUCUCUCCUUCGAGUCUGUCUCCGAGCGGCCCCACCCCCCACCGCCAACCCCACCUCAUGUCUGGCUGGAACGGGCUUCCUUUUUGAACGGGUGGAAGAGGUGGGGGCAGGGGGGGUUUAAGCCUGCCCACACAAGAAACGUAACUGCGAGGCGAUCUGUUUUGAAUGAAUGCGAGAGGAGAAGAAGGGGGGAGAAAAAAGAAGGCAAGACGGGCAAGAUGUGGGAAGCCGCAUCGCUAUAGCCAGCGUUAGCUUCGCCGGUGUUAGGCAGCGAGGAUGGCGUGAAAAAUACGGGACCGGAGAGGAAGACUUUUACAGCUGGCCGCUGUAGAAGUAGCUAGCCAGUCCCUUCCUUUUCCGCGUAAGGGCCGCUACCGGCGGCUCUUCCCCGGUAUCCAGUUUCUCCCGAUCCUCAUGCAAAACCUAACGGUUCUGGGCAGCUCCAACUCAAACUCCAAUGUCAUUUGUUCCUGCAACUGCACCGGAUCCCAGCCCCAGGGGAUGGAUAUAUCUGAACUGGAGUUUGUUCAGAUAAUCAUUAUAAUCGUGGUGAUGACCGUGAUGAUAGUCGUGAUCGUCUGUUUGCUGAACCACUACAAGCUCUCCACCUGGGCCUUCAUCACCCGCCAGAGCAGGAGGCAGGAGGAGGCGUUGCGGCCGGACGGAUGUGCAUGGCCAUCAGACAGUCUGGUGUCACAACAUGGAGUCUCUGAGGCGAUGUACGGCGCGCGUUCCCGGGAAAGGUUCACCGCCCCCUCCUUUAUGCAAAGGGACCGAUUCAGCCGCUUCCAGCCCACCUACCCGUACCUGCAGCACGAGAUCGACCUGCCGCCGACCAUCGCCCUGUCGGACGGGGAGGAGCCGCCCCCGUACCUGGGCCCCUGCAAGCUGCAGCUGAGGGACCCCGAGCAGCAGAUGGAGCUGAACCGCGAGUCGGUGCGGGCCCCGCCCAACCGGACCGUCUACGACAGCGACCUCAUCGACGUGAGCGUUCACUGCGGCGGGGGCGGGGCGGGGGGAGGGGGAGGGCCCCGCCCGCCCAGCAGCAACUCCGGCGUCAGCGCCACGAACUCCGGCGGCCACGGGCGCAUGGAAGGGCCCCCGCCCGCGUAUAGCGAGGUCGUGGGCCGCUACCCGGGCUCCGCCUCCUUCCUUCACCAGCACAGCAAUAACCCCGCCUCCACUCCGCGGGUGGGGAGCCGGACAGUCGUGCAGAGCAAAAACGAAAGCACAAUAGUCGUGGUCAAGGCCAGGGAGGGACGGCGGGACAAACUGGUGUGAGGCCGGGAGGAGGGGGGCGGGGCCGGGGCCGGGGACCCGCCCCCUCCCCUCCACAC